AUGUAUUUAUCAGCGUUGAGAUCUAUCGGUUUUCUGAUACCAUUCCUGGUUUUAACUGUCGCCGAAAACAACCAACAACAAAAUGAUACUGAAAACCCCUUCCCUGCUCGAGUAGCUCGAAGCUUCAUUAUCGAAUAUGCCCCAGGAUCUCGUGAACGGCAGAGCCUAGCUAGCCAGGAUGGCAUUUCUGUUGUCAAGGUUUUUGAUAGCAGUGUUUUUCAGGGAGCCUUGGUUGAGACGGACAUUCUGACCCAAGAUGACCUGUCAAGAGCACCAGACGUGCUGGAUGUCUGGCCGAACGAGUUGAUCCAAUUACUUCCCACAUUUGAGCAACAGGAAACCGUCGCAGAUGACGCGCCUAUCCAGCACGACAAUCACAAUGCUACGGGUGUGAGCAAGCUGCAUGCCCAAGGGAUAUUCGGUAAAGACGUGAAGGUUGGCAUUGUGGACACGGGUGUCUGGUACGAUCACCCGGCUCUUGGGGGCGGCUAUGGUGCUGGUUUCAAAGUUUCAGGGGGUCACGAUUUCGUUGGAGAUGGUCGAUGGCCCCAGACAGGCGCAAAGGUACCAGACGAUGACCCCAAGGACCAGCAGGGACACGGCACACAUGUAGCAGGCAUCAUCGCGGGGAGGAAUGAUUAUUGGGUUGGCGUUGCCCCUGAGGCAUCCUUAUACGCUUACAAAGUUUUUACCAGCCUCGGAAGCACAGAUACGGCUACUCUUAUUGAGGCUUUUCUGGCUGCGUUUGAAGAUGGAAUGGAUAUUAUCACUGCUUCGAUAGGCGGCGCAAACGGCUACUCCGACAAUAUCUGGGCAAAGGUAGCCUCUCGUCUUGUUGAUGAAGGGGUUGUCGUCACAAUAAGUGCCGGUAAUUCGGGAGAGUAUGGUCCGUUCUACGGCAGUAGUGGAUCGUCUGGCAACAAUGUGCUUGCUGUUGCGUCCGUUGAGACGGAACGUUACCCCGCCAGUGCUUUUGGCAUAAGGAUUAACGGAACAGUCGAAACUUUGGGCUACAUUCCUGCGCUCAAUUACUUCCCUCCAGAGAUCGUCGACUGGCCAGUGGUGAGUCUGUCCUUGGACACAGAGGCCGAAGCGGAGGCGUGCCAGUCAUAUCCCGAAGGCACACAAAACUUGACUGGUGUUAUCCCACUUAUCAGGAAGGGGGGUUGCUAUCACUAUGUGAAACAAAACAACCUGUUUGCACUUGGUGCAAAAUACAUUCUCAUGCUCAAUAACGAUGAUGCUCUCGAGCCGCCUCUAGCCUCCAGUAUCGGUGCCAUUACAGCCGGCGAUGGCAAGAAACUUAUCGAGGCCCUCAAGGUAGGAAAUAACGUUACGGCAGAUUUCUCAUUAGAUCCAGAGUUGCCUUUUGGAAUCGAAGAUCCCACAGGCAAUCGCGCAAAUCCAUUUACCUCAUGGGCCGCCCUUUACAACCUCGAACUGAAACCCGACAUUGCCGCGCCAGGCGGUAACAUAUUUAGCACAUGGUUUGACGGCAGUUAUAAAAUUCUCAGUGGUACUUCAAUGUCCUGUCCAUACGUCGCCGGUGUUGCUGCCCUUUACAUAAGUGCUCACGGCGGUCGGAGCGUACAAGGCAAGGAGUUUGCCUACCGACUAAGCCGUCGUAUAAUCUCCUCCGGCAGGGCGAUUCCAUGGUCCAACGGUACUGCGGCAAUAUUCCCUUUCAGUGCCAGCACGAGCCAGGUCGGUAACGGGAUGAUUGACGCAGACAAGAUUCUCAACUACGAUACACAGCUCGAUUUUAGAAAUAUCGCCCUCAACGAUACCAGAUACUUUAACCGAUACCACGAUCUCACGGUGACUAACAAUGGAUCAGAGCCUGUGACGUAUCGGUUCUCCCAGCAUUCAGCUGGUGGAGUUGAUGCGCUUAUCUGGGAUCCGUCCGACCAAACGAAGCGCAUUAGUCCAUUCGCGCAAUUAUCCCCCAAAGAAUAUACGCCAGUGGUAUCCCUUCCAAACGAUAUUUUUCUGCAACCAGGCGAAAGUAAGAAGGUCAGCAUCAAUUUCGACAAUCCCGAUAAUCUUGGCUGGAAUGCUUCUGCUCUGCCUUUGUACAGCGGCAAGGUCACCAUUUCCGGCAGCAAUGGCGAGUUUCUGUCGGUCCCGUACCUUGGUCUUGGUGGUGACUUGAAAAAUCAGUUGACCCCCUUGAACGAGAAUGGGUUUCCAUAUCUGAUCUCAACCCUGAAUCAGACUCAAUUCAUUGAUAAAUCAACUUUUUCUUUCAACCUUUCUAACAGAAUCAUGGAUUACCCCAAGAUUUAUACCAAGUUUAUCUGGGGCACCACAGAGGUUCGAUGGGAUAUUUAUGAAGAGGGAUUCUCAGAGCGGUCUUGGAAAUAUCCUCCCAUUGUAGGAGAGGACUCAUUCAUCGGCUCGGUGGCCUCUUGGGUCGGUUCUAACAAUGGUUGGCCCUUUCGACUUGGGACUGAUGAUCCAGAUGAGACAUACACGUACCCGGAAACAAACAUUAUACGAGCUACGAGCCUUAGUUGGGGCAGGCAGCACUGGUGGUUUGGCAAGCUUGGAAACGGCAGCCAGAUUGCUCCUGGCAACUAUACUAUGCGUUUCGCUGCACUCAAACCGUUUGGAAACCCAUUUAAUGCUGAUAACUGGGACGUGUAUCGCCCAACGGGAGGUCUGCCGAAGAUUGAGGUCACAGGACAGUAUUGA